GUAACUCGACCAUGUUUAGGACCUAACAGAAUCCCUACAGAAUGAGCAUCACAUGACGUUCUUCACAGUACAGCGAACUUGUUUUGUCAAAACGGAGAAGUAGUUUCCAUGAUAUAAAUAUCGUUAAACUUAUAUUUCAGUUAGAAGAGAAACACAAAAAUAUCGCCCUGGAUAAAUAAAUUAACGUUUUACGCAUUCGUUUACAUACAACGCAAUACGGUGUAAUAAUGGAGCUCAAAUACGGUUUCGUUUCACUAGUACUGAGUUCAUUUCUUGUGCUGCUUAAAUUUCAGGAGUCGGAGAGCCGCUCGUUCAGCAUCGACUACAAGAGGAACUGCUUCUUGAAGGAUGGGGUCCCUUUCCAGUACAUCUCAGGGAGCAUCCACUACUCCCGGGUCCCCCGAGUCUACUGGAAGGACCGGCUCCUCAAGAUGUACAUGGCUGGGCUCAACACCAUUCAGAUCUACGUGCCCUGGAACUACCACGAGCCGGUGCAGGGAGUCUAUGACUUCAGUGGAAGCAGGGAUCUGGAGAGCUUCUUGGACAUCGCCAACCAGACCGGCCUGCUGGUCAUCCUCAGGCCUGGGCCCUACAUCUGUGCUGAGUGGGAAAUGGGAGGUCUACCCGCUUGGCUGCUGCAGAAACCCAACAUUGUCCUGCGUGCCACAGACCCAGAUUAUCUGAAGGCCGUGGACAGCUGGCUGGCUGUGCUCCUGCCCAAGAUGAAGCCCUGGCUUUACAACAAUGGCGGGAACAUCAUCAGCGUCCAGGUGGAGAAUGAAUACGGGAGCUAUUUUGCCUGCGAUUAUAACUACCUUCGCCACCUGAGCGUGAUGUUCCAGUACUUCCUGGGUGAAGACGCAGUCCUCUUCACCACCGAUGGGAACACAGACUGGGAGAUGACCUGCGGGACCCUGCAAGGGCUCUAUGCUACCAUCGACUUUGGGACAGACACCAAUAUAACGAAGGCUUUUGAACGGCAACGAAGAUUUGAGCGAAAGGGCCCCCUGGUGAACUCAGAGUUCUACACUGGCUGGCUGGAUCACUGGGGAGACAAUCACGCCAGUGUGGAGACCAGCAGGGUCAGCAAAAUGCUUGGAGACAUGCUGGCCCUGGGGGCCAGUGUCAACAUGUAUAUGUUUCUAGGAGGCACAAACUUCGGCUAUUGGAAUGGUGCCGAUCAAGACAGCAGAUACCUCCCGGUGACAACGAGCUACGACUAUGACGCUCCGCUCUCUGAAGCCGGAGAUCCCACUGACAAGCUGCUGGCAAUCAGGGACGUCAUCAGUAAGUUCCGUUCUCUACCAGAGGGACCGAUGCCUCCUCCAACUCCAAAGUAUGCCUACGGAUUCGUCUCUCUGAAAAAGGUUGGCAGCCUGAGUGCACUCCUAGACACCCUGUCCCCACAAGGGCCCCUCCAGUCCCAAUAUCCUUUGACCUUUGAGGAGGUGAAACAGUAUUAUGGCUACAUGCUGUACCGCACUAAGCUGCCCAGGACUCUUGUGGAACCGACUCCAGUGAUCUCACCUCUGAAUGGAGUUCAUGACCGCGGAUACGUCAUGGUCAAUGGGGUGUACCAGGGCCUCUUGGAGAGAGACACCACCCUAGUGCUGAACGUGACGGGCCAGGCAGGGGAUCUGUUAGACAUCCUGGUGGAGAACAUGGGCCGGGUCAACUUUGGCAGCCAUAUCAACGACUUCAAGGGACUGGUGAGUAAUCUCUUCUUGGGGAUGGACAUCCUUUCCGACUGGCUGAUGUACCCUCUCGACAUCGACAAGGUCAUAGCCAGUGGUUGGCCACAAUCUAAGCUGAAACAGUCCAAUCCUGAAGCCAGCAUGACCGAGGAGUCCCCAGGACCUUCCUUCUACACAGGCAUCCUGCACACCCCGGGAGUGGCCUGGGACUCCUUCCUGAAGCUGGGGGGAUGGACCAAGGGCCAGGUGUGGAUUAACGGGGUGAAUUUGGGCCGGUACUGGCCCCGCAAGGGCCCCCAGCAGACUCUGUACGUACCGGGCCCCCUGCUCAGUGCUUCCCAGCCCAACAACAUCACAGUGCUGGAGCUGGAGCAGGCUCCCCCGGGCCUGCGGGUCUUGUUCAUGGACCGACCCCAGCUGAACAGAACCAUGCUAAGGAGAUGACAUCACGGCACCAUGGAAACGCAAUCAGGGACAAGCAUCUAGUGCCUGAGGUCAUUUCAUUCUGAAUGAACAUGCUUUUUAUGCUGUUGCUGUUGCAUACAGGCUAUAUACAUGGUUGGUGAACUUCUUUCAAAGAAGGCAAUUGGGACAUUCAGACUGUUUUAGUCCUGGAAUAUUCAGAGGAUGAUAACAGUUCAUUCUGUAAAACAAACAUUCCCAAGGAUCUCACGCUGUAAAAACACAGACUUUGUACUUACAAUAGAUUGUGGUGUAUUUCUCAGUUUGAGCUUGCUUUAUUUUUAAUUGCUGACAAUUCAGGAGAUAAUGUUGGUCAAUAUUAGGAAAGAUUUACUGUUUUUUUUUUACAUACAGCUCUAAAGUAUCAUGGUACUACACUCACACAACACAGCAAUGAACAAUACUAAAUAAAAAACAUUUUUGUAAUUCAUAUGGUUGGAUCAAUGUUAUCAGCAUUCAAGAUAACAAAACAUUCAGAAUACAGUAACUGUUUCACUGUAACACACAGCCUUUUACACAUUUUAGGAGAAUCCAUGAGUGUUAUUUACAGGUUGCACAUUAUAAUAAGGUUUUUCAUAGUACACUGUGGUUUUUUGAUGUGGUUGCAAAUUAGAGGUGUGUAACCCUAGUCAUCUCAGUCAUGCGCAAUACACUCAGGAUGUGUGUUGUACACAGGAUAUGUGUUAUAUGAAAACAAUGACUGUAUAUCUUCAUUUUGAUCAUUACAAAGGAUUAGGUUUUGUAUUGCUUCAAGCAAAUGGAAUGUCAUUUUUUAUUACAAUAUGCUGUUGACUCAAUUAACCAGUGGCUUAUUCUGUAUUUAUUUGUGGCUUGGAUGUAUUUACGAAAAGCACAAUUGUAUUUCCAUAGUGAAUAAUUUGUUUUGUGGAGUUUGACGUUGGGUCAUUUCUUGCCUGAAAUUAUCAUUUUUUUUAGACCUGCAGAUAAUCUCUAUAACUUGUGUUUUAAUCUGUUCAGCUAUAUUACGCUGUAAAAGGCAAGUUUCAGGUAUGCCAGGAUAAACAAUGACCAAUAUCAUGGACCACAGGGUAGCAGUCAAAAAAGCAGAUGGCUAUACUUGACGUAAGGAACUUGGUUAGUUUUAUUUUUAUACAAUUGUAACUCAAUAUAUGACAUAAAACUAUAGAUAUCGAAACAUAGGUUAAACAUCUGAAUUAUUGUUUGUGUCCUGUAACUUCCAAAUACAGUCAAACAAGCUUUUAAGGAGGUCACCUGAAAUGCUGAAAUGUAUACAGAUUCGACUGUGUACGUCAUCAAACCUUUUCUGCAAAGUAGCUGUAUGUCCUUGAAUGAGAUUAUGUAUUCCACUGCAGGCAGCAGGCAUAGGUUUUGUAUGUUUAAUGUAAACCUGGUUUGUUUAAUGGAAAUUAGUAUAGUGAUGAUCUUUCUGUCACCAUCUGCCAGUCAAAUUAGUUCUCUUUGGCAUCCAUGCAAAUAUAUAUGCAGCAGCUCUUUCUUUAACAUCAGUGUAAAACUGAUCAAUCCAUCAUUAAGCUUCUGUGUCAGCAUUUAACCUUCAGAGUGUUGUACAUGCAUUCUUUUUUCAUUAUUAGCAAUUUUAUAUUAACUUAAACUGUUGUGCUUUGUUCUGUAUUCGGUUCUUUUCCCAUAUUGGAGUCUUGCCUUCUAAAGGCUACUUGUGCUUUCAUUUCAUACACACUUGUAUUUCAAACCAGAAAUAAACACAUUAAGAGUGAGCUACAUCACAUAAAUAUUUUUAUUUUUAUUUUUAUUUUUAUUUAGUAGUUGCCAAUUAUUUUAUCAUUUCUUCCUAUACCCCCUUUGCUUCUCCGCCACCAGCAGAUUAGCUGUACCCCCCCUCCGCUCCCCUGCUUCCAGAGCCCGCUCCUUCUCCACCCUUGCCCCUCAGUGGUGGAAUGGCCUCCCCACGAAUAUCAGGACUGCUCAGUCCCUGACCACUUGCCAGCGCCUCCUCAAGACACACCUGUUCAGACAGCAUCUGUAAACCUCACAACUCUCGACUAUACUGGACUACAUGGCACCCAAUUGUACCAGUACUUGCAUCAUCUUGUACUUGCACUGGGCUGCUCCAUACCUUGUCGUAUUCUACUACUGCUCUUAACUAUAACUACUUCCUCUAUCUUGUACUUGAUUUUACUCAUAGUUAUGCAUAUUCACAUUUUUUUUAUAUAUAUAAUUGCUCUUAUUUGAAAUCAUUCUCAUUCAUUCAUACUUACUUCGUGCUCGUACUGGACUUUACUCGUAUAAGCAAAUAUUUUACUAUAAGUUAACUACUCUUAGUCAAACUCGCUCUAAAUGUAAUUAUUUACUGUUUUCUUUAUUUUGCUCUUAUUUGAAUUUGAUCCUAUUUACUACUGCUCUUAUCUGAAAUGUGAUAUUUUGUAAUGUGAUACUUUGUACUGGGAUAUUUUGUAGCAAUUUGUACGAAAUAAUGAUGUUGUAGCGCAUAUAAUUAUAGCACAUGGCUUCCUUGUUACUGGUCGAAUACCAGCCAAAAUUUCCCAUUAUACGGUAUAUAUUAACUUAAAACCAAUCUUUAUGCUAACACCUCCAGGCAUGUCAAAGUUUGUAAAUGGCGCUGUGCAUCUGACUGGUGCCUUUUAAGCUGCACAGACCUGGUCAGCAUUUGAAAUCAGGAAAUGAAUCAGUCUUUAGAGGUGGCACCUCUUGUUGGUCAGUAUCUGUGGAUAUAAACAGUCCGGUGAGCGGUUCUAUUCUAAUUCGAUUCCUGUGGCAUAAUGUGCCCAUUUUAUUCAGAUUGGCACGGGGAUACCUCCAAUAACCAAUACAGACCUCUGUGCAAUGGUGGGAAGUAUACCGUUUUUCAUUUACUCAAUAUGAAGGACAAGAGCUUUUUUUAAGACUUGAAAUUAUGUCUUUAGAACAUAAUUAAUUAAACUGUUUAAGUUUUUGUU